AUGCCCACAUCCCAUGCAGCCCGCAAGAAGUUUCGCUCGUGCGGCUCCAUCCAGACCGAGCCCACGCGACUCCUAGACUGGGCAGAAGACGAUGCCAAGCUAUCAGUGCUCCAAGUUACAGAUCAGCCGAGUCUUCUUUUCAUGUGCAACGGCAUCAGCGGUGAGCGGGUGCCGCUGCGCCUGGUUCUGGCACUGCGAGUUGCCGCCGUGAAGCAGGUGGCCGAAGGCAUCUUUGGAAUCCCCGCAGAGGAGAUGACCCUUUCCUACAAGGGCCGAAUCCUCGGAAAUCGCCAGACCCUACUGGAUGGCGGCGUGGAAGCACGGCAGUGCAUUCAUGUUACGAUCGCGACCGGUGUCGGCCACGCACGCCUUCUGGAUAUCUUAAUUGAUGCGACUCGAUCUGGUAUUGCGGAGCCUUUUGUCAUCCAGUUAAAGCCAUGCGAUCUUGUCAUCCACGCAAAGACAAAGAUUGCUGAGCUCACUGGCUUGAAGCUGGAUAGUCAACGCCUGACUCUCAGCGGCCAUACCUUGGCAAACGAACGACGGCUGUCCGAUUGUGGAAUUCGGGAGAACUCCAUCCUCCAAGUCACCUGUACAAAUGGGGCCGCCAGUGCGCCGAAUCCGUCCGUUGCAGUGUCUGGCUGCCGAGCACCCAGAGCUCAGUUGGAUGCCAGUGCUAAGAAGCAUCGUUGUCAAGGCGAGAGUCUUUUCUUGACGAUUCUGCAGACAUGGCCACCGCAACGCAAGCAGCGUCUUUGGUUGCAGAAGGCUCGUACUAUUGGCCAACUCAAAGAAAAACUCAAAGACUUCUUCCAAGUGAGCCCGGAGCAGCAAAUACUGUUCCAUACAGGCAGAAGACUCCAGAAUCAGCACACACUCGAAUUUUACAAUUUGGAGGGGGGCGAGUGCAUCCAGCUGAUGUUGCAGGGGGGACCCCGUGUUGCAGCAGGACCUGUGGCCUUGCGUGCAGAGAGUCCCACAUUCGUCACCCUUCCUCUGCCUCCCCAGCCUUCGAGCGUGAGAGAGGUGCCGGAGUGGUUCCCCCGCUUAUUGCACCCGCCUGGCACGCAAGAAGUGGAGGCGCAACCUCCAGAAGUGUCGGAGGCUAGCCGGCGAGAACCGCAGAGCGAUAUUAUCACUGGACAUGUAAUCGCUGGAGAGCCAGUCCAAACGCAGCAUCCUGUGCUGAAGCCCGAGUUUGAUUCAGCAGAUGACGUAGAAACCAUGCCGUUGGAGGAGCCUUGUCCAACCGCCCCGCAGAGUGUAGAUGGAAGGGAUGCAGUGGGAGAGCUGGUGCUGCAAGCGAGCAUGGCCCUGCUCUCUCAUGCCAUGGGUCAGUCUGGAAAGCUUGCAGAAUGUGAGUGA